AUGGCUACAACGAUCACUAAGAUUCCCACUGAUCAUUUCGAUUUUGUUGUUGAUGAUGUCAUCUCCGGUGGUGGUGACGGAAUUGAGAAGAGCGAUUCUAAACCGGAAAUCGAAUCGGAGCUCAAAACCAAAUCCGACGAACUGGAGAUUGAUCAAAUGAAGAAGCUUGUGGAUAUGUUUAAGAAACUCAUCCUGAAGCUAAAGAAUUUUUCCCUUCUUACAAGAAGAAUAACAAUCAAUCUCUCGACGAUUUCAUGGUCGUUAAAAAACCAUCUGGUGCAGAAGAUGACAACAAGAAAGAUGCCAUUAACCGGAUGGUAA